GUCAAAGUGAAGUGUCUCGGUCUUAGUGAGAUGGCCUUCAUGAUGAAGAAGAAGAAGUACAAAUUCUCGGUGGAGGUGGACCUGGAGGAGCUCACCGCGGUGUCCUUCGUGAACGCAGUGCUGUUCGCGAAGCUCAGACUUCUCGACGGUGGAUCCUUCGUCGAUCACUCGACUAGGGAAGAAGUCCAGGAGCACACUGUCAGAUGGAACGCCAAGUUCGAGUUCCUGUGCAAGAUGAGUGCCAAUGCGUCUACCGGUGUUCUCGACCCGUGUAUUUUAAGGAUAUCCGUGAGAAAGGAAUUGAAGGGAGGCAGGUCCUUCCAGAAGCUCGGCUUCACCGACCUGAACCUCGCCGAAUUCGCAGGAGCUGGACUCUGCAGGACGAGGUACCUUCUAGAGGGUUACGACGCGAGACACCGGCAGGACAAUUCCAUGUUACGCGUUGCCAUCAAGAUGAAUAUGCUGUCGGGAGAUAUCCUGUUUAAAGUACCAUCUCCGUCGUUGAAGCAGACGCAACUAGCAGUACCCGGUGUGCCAGGUGUUUCCGGCGUGACGCCGGAUGAAACCACAUCCGAGAGGUGUCCCAAUCGAGAAGACUAUGUAUCCAGUGGCUCGUUGGCUGGGAGCAUAGCUAGUGCCAGCAGUGGUUUCGGUAGUCUUCCUAAAAAGAGGCCUGCCCUCUUUUCCUCGGAGCUCCUCAGCGGGGCGGAGUCGUACGAUCCGAUGACCCUAAGCGAAAUCGUACCGUCGGUUCUUCCAGUGGAGGCUUUGGCUGAAGCGCACACGGAGUCGGGCCAUUCUCGUAACAGCAGCAACACGAGUCAACUGAGCAAAGGCUCCGGCUACGGGUCUUUAAAUUCACACAGUCAGCACAGUAGGCAGAGCAGUAGUGGUGACAGUGGCCACAUUAGGUCACCCUCCUGGCCGGUAUGGGCUCCACGUAUUCCCAAUGUCUCCCAAAAUUCCUCGAACCAGCAGUCCACCAGACCCGAGACUUCUCUCGACUCGGACUCUCCUUCCUCGUCUUCCGUGAUGAUGAUGGACCCACGAAAUCGGUUCUGGUCCACGUCCAGUCCGCUCUCGUCGCGCGAGGCAAAGUCGGUGGUGCGAAAUUCUAUGAGAUCGAGCAUAGCUGCGGUGCCACUGUCGAACGAGCAGAACGAAACGAAUCGAUCGAGAAACGGCAUUAUCCCGCAAGACACGAGCCGCGUUAACGAGGACGCCAACGACAAGGUCGGCGUGUUCAGGGUACCUGGGCCGCAGGAUGUGCCGCGGCAUUUGCGAAAGAAUUACGAUAGGAACAGCUUCGAGGCGCGUAACGAACGAAACGCGGCAAACUCGGCGGCGAACGAUCGGAACGGACAAAAGAACAGCGUGAUCGCGCCGGUCGCAAAACCGAGAAUCGGUCAGCCAGGUUGGAGAAGCAUAUCGAAGACCUGCGACUGCAUCGAGAAGGGCAAGACCAGCCCGGUUCUGCGACUAGCCGAUCAGGCCAGAGCCGUAUCCUCUCCCGAUCCUCUUCAUAGGCCCGAUAACCCCAGAGCCUCGCUACGUUCCGCGACGACCGCUCAGACCCUCAGGGGUAUUGGCGGAGGCCACCGGAAGUUGCUGGACGGGGCGGGGGGCAAGCUGGCUACGGUCGCCACCAGCCCAGCGGACUCCGAGGAGUCCUCCUUAGGGGUACCGGAAGUCGCUCCACCGAGCUCCCAGCACCGAAACAGCAUAACCCCACCAAAUCCCUCGGGUGGAUCUGGCCUGAGCGAAACGGGAUCUCUGGAUCGAGCAAAGGCCGCGCUGGAGCGAAGAAAAAAGGCCGAGGAUGGGACGGGGAAUCCGAUCUUGUGCAGAGUCGAGGUGACCAGGCCGAACCCGGACUCCUUGAUCGACGAGCUGAUCAAAGCAACGAAUCUAGAGCAAACGGAUCUCGAGAGCUCCGAGACGACUGGACUUCAGCUAUUCAUCGCGAAAGAUGGCACGACAGCGCUCGGUAGCCACGAAAUCAAAAGUCAAAUGCCCGCUGGUGUGUUCAAGCAGGUGGUGAUGGAGGAGAAUAAUAGGUAACACGAAGCUAUCGCGACGAGAAGACAGUACGCAAGACAGGCCAGCGCCACAUUCUCGUUGGCCCUGGUGCCAGAGCUCGUCUACGAGGCAUACGAGCCCCGGUAGUUACGAGGACAACGAUGCUGGACGAGGGAAUCGUCGUCGAGAAGACGGUGAACAGGCGGCGGAACACGGACGCCAGUGCACCUCGCCUUCCUAUCUAAAUUAUUCCUUUCAGUUGCCUAGCUAUCCUUCCGGCGUUCGGUGCUUCACGCUUCUCGUACACACCGAAUGGAUCAUCGUCAUUUACGCUCAAACGUUGCUGAACCUUUCUUUUUUUCUAUACCGAGUUAUUCCACGCAGCAUCCGCGUUCGAUCGUCACCCGGUCACGGUAAAUUCAAACGAUGGCCGGGGAAACCGUCGAACUCGUUCGAUUUCCGAUGCUAACCCGAUAAACCAACGUACCGAAACGCUUCGGCGAAGGGAGUCUCGUAGAAACGCUUCGUUGAUCGAGAUCGACAGGGGUGCACGGAACUCGUCGAUGCUGCAACGCGUAUCUUCUUCCGCGAGGUCGGGGCACAAUAAGAAAUCACUGGAUUUUUCUUUUCUUUGUUAUCUCUCUUCGUCAGCCGUGCUUCGAAAGAGCGAGUCAUUAGGCAUCGUUUAGAUACUAAAAAGCUUCGACCUGAAAGAGCAUGAGAGUGUAAGAGAGGAUUGUGCGAUGAAAAGGCGAAGCGCGUUAAUCGUUCGAUGUUGAUUAACGUUGAAUAAUGUGUGUGCACCAAACGCUUGUUCUUUUCUAUCUGUGUUCACGGUUCCUUUGUCGUCCGCGUAAACGACCGUGCAGUCGCUGUAAUCAGUUGCUAUAAAAUAGGCCGAAACGCGUUCGUCCGUUUCGAUCCCCGAAAAAGUAUUGAUCGAGCAGCAUUAAAUAUGUAACGGAGCGAGAGAGAGAGAGAGAGUGAGAACACGAGUCUCGAGCGUGGACCUGCUGCGCGUGCUAACGUACAAAAAAUUUCAAAAUGACCCGUUUUCGUCUACACUUAUCCUUUUCGUCGCGUUUUGUUAUCGUUUAAGCCACAAGCGUUUAGUAUAUACAUAUAUAUAUAAAUGUAUAAAUAUAUAUAUGUGUGUGUGUGUAUAUAUAUA